AUGCUAUUAAUCAAACAUAUAAUGAAGAGUCUUUUUUACAUUUAAGAGGAGAGAUAUUAGCUGAAAUCGAACUUUUUUGGAUGCUUCCUCAUCAAAGAAGAAAGAAAACCUGGUUUCCAGAAGCUUUAUAUUACGAGGCUUCAGUUUAUGAACUUAAAAAAUAUGUAAAGAAUCUUAAAGAUGAACAGGAAGAUGAAAUUUUACAAAAUUUACUUCCCAAAAUCAAAGAAAUCGCUGAAUUUAAAGAUGAUGAUGAAAUUUUAAAAAAUUUACUUCCUGAAAUCAAAUCAAAUUUACUUCCUGAAAUCAAAAAAAUUAUUGAAAACAAAGAUUCAACCAAAGAUUCAACCGAAGACUCAUCCAAGGAUUUAACUGAAGACUCAUCCAAAGAUUCAACCAAAGACUCAACCAAAGACUCAGCUCAAGACUGGCCCUAUAGCCUCAUCACACAAGAAUAA